GGUGGCGCUAGUACACAAUUCCCGCCCUGAGACUCCACCAAUAUAGAAUAAAGAAUAAAGGAAAAGAAACGUUCUCCAAUUUCUCAAAUUUCUCAAACAGAGGCAUCUAAAACUCUAGAUUCCUUCCAAUUCCUUCUUCCAGAUUUCCCCUUUUCGUCUUAGCUUAAUUCCUUCUCCAAUCCGAAUCCAUUUGAAUUCCAUCACGUUCAUGGAGUAUGGACCCUCAAGCAAGGAAGAAUCAACCAUCCCUUCUGCGAUUGUUGAUGUAAAAAUAAAGUUGCAACUCAAGACUCAAGUGACUUUGAGUUGGAUUGGUUGUUGGUGUUGUAGAAGACCCGAUGCCUAAAAAAGAUAGCAUACGUGAGCUGGAAUUAGUGACACUGUCAUCAGAACAAACAAAAGGACCUGUUUCCAGCAAUAGUUGGUCUUCACUUGGGAGUUGUUCAACAUCCUCUGAACCUUCCUCUACAGCCAGCAUUGCUCAAUCUAUUCAUGACAGGGAAGUGAGUAGCUCAAUAGGAGAGUCAUUUCAAGAUACAACUGAAUCGAUGGGAUCCGUUCUCAAUGUCCAAAGGGGAUCUAUUUUUCAAAGCCUCAUUUGUCGGGCACGAAAGACUAUCCGUGGAUCGGCAGAUGAUAUAGGAUGGCUACAACAUGCUCCAGGAAUGCCACCGGUUGAGGAUGGAACAAAAAGAUUCAUGGAAUUGCUUGAAAGCAUAAGAAAUGGUGAACACAAGUUGCCAAAUUCAAUGAUCUAUUUGUUGGUUCCAGGUCUUUUUAGCAACCAUGGUCCACUUUAUUUUGUCAAAACAAAAAUGUUCUUCUCGAAGAUGGGUCUUGCUUGUCAUGUUGCCAAGAUUCAUAGUGAGGCUUCAGUAGAGAAAAAUGCCAGAGAAAUAAAGGAGUGUGUUGAGGAAAUUUAUUGGGGUUCUAGGAAACAUGUCUUACUUCUGGGACAUAGCAAAGGGGGAGUAGAUGCUGCAGCUGCAUUGUCCAUGUAUUGGUCUGAUUUGAAAGAUAAGGUUGCCGGGUUGGUGUUAGUGCAAAGCCCUUAUGGUGGCAGCCCAAUUGCUUCAGAUAUAUUGCGAGAAGGGCAGCUUGGUGACUAUGUUAAUUUACGGAAACUCAUGGAGAUCCUGAUCCGUAAAGUGAUUAAGGGUGACAUACAGGCUCUAGAAGACCUGACGUACGAGAGAAGGAAGGAUUUUCUAAGAAAGUACCAGCUGCCUAAGGAGUUGCCUGUAGUUUCAUUCCACACAGAGGCCAGCAUUCGCCCCGAGGUUCUGGCCACCCUGUCUCAUGUUGCGCAUGCCGAGCUUCCUAUCAUUCCAAGCCUCUCCGCCAGACAACCCAGGAAAGUCCCAGUGGUUAUGCCUCUCUCUGCUGCCAUGGCUGCAUGUGCACAGCUGCUUCAGGUCAGGUAUGGUGAGAAGACUGAUGGACUUGUCACACGGCGGGAUGCAGAGGUUCCGGGAUCUGUAGUUGUGCGGCCAGAUCGUAAAUUAGACCAUGCUUGGAUGGUUUAUUCAUCCUUGAAUGAUGACCCAGGUGAAGCUGAUGCGUCUCAGGUGUGUGAAGCUCUUCUCACUUUGCUCAUAGAAGUUGGACAGAGACAGAGACAUGAAAUUUCCAUGAAAGAUGGGUAACAUACCUGAGUUUUCUUUAGAGCUCUAAUAUGUGCUUUUUUGUGGUACUUGUGCA